AUGGUGAUUAUAAUUAAUAAGGAUUAUUGGCCAAGGGACGUCGAUUUUAGUGUUGAUGAUAAAUGGAUAACUACUCUAAAAAAAGUACAAGAAGAUAGUUCAUUUAGUUCAAUUUAUACACAUCUAGGGAAUAGUGUCCCUCGAGCACAUAAAGCAGUCUCAAUCAUGGACUCAAGAUUAAUGGAAUGUUCACUUCUUUUGAAAAAACAUGCUUCUAAAAUAUUUGAGUGGAAAAGCAAUAUUUCUGAUCCAACUUUUUUUAGGAAAUCAGAAGAAUACCAUACAUUUCUAAGGAAGUACUACAAGAAAAGAAAGAUAAUGCUUUCAGAUGAAAUGGAGACAGAGAAGAAUAUAGAGGGUUGCAACUUCACAGGAUUCAAAAUAAAUGAGCUUACUCAACUACCCAGACAUUUGGAUGCUGAACGAAUAUAUCUGUUUAUUUUAAAAACCCAUAACUUUGAUGAAAAAGUUUUUAAAAUCUGGAAGACUCAUUUUCUCUCAGAAGCCUCCAUUGCUCUUUUGCAUGAUUCCUUUUGGUGGUGGUUUCUCUAUAAAUUUAAGCCUGACAGAACAAAUCAAGAUUGCUUAUUUGAUAGAAUUUCGGAAAGUUAUGUGACACUUUUCAUGAGCAUACCUCUAAGUCGAAAAGAUGCAUUCUUUCAGAUAUAUCCUGAUUGUUUGACACAAGCUGUCUAUGCAACAUUCCUGGAGGCAUUUCCAGAAUCUUGUAACCUCUUUAAUGAUGAAUUUAAAGAAGACCUAGGGAAUAGCAUUUUUCUUUGGUUGUCAGGUUUAAAGCCUCGAAAACGCUUUUGGACCCGCUGGAAACUGAAAAAUCUCUCCACAACAUCCAUACAUGGUAGCAAGAAAGCGCCUGCAAAAUCAAUAAAGGAAAAGCUUGCAAGCAGCCAAGAACGCAUAAUAGCGACUAUUGACUUCGAUAUGGUAAAAAUAUUAAAGGAUCCAAGAGCCAGUGGAAAGUCCCUAUCUAAGGAUGAACCAAGAUUACCAAAACUAAUAACAAAGUCCCAUUAUAUUGGCUAUGGUCCGGAGUUUGAUCAGAUUCUCUUCAAUACUGGAGGUCAGAGUCCACUGAUUUUAUAUUUUCUUGAAAUGCAUAAGUUCGGAGAUUUUGGCAAAGCCCCUAAACAAAACAAUAUGAAAUUCACUGAAAUAGUCCGAGAACCAUCACCUACUCCAACAUACCAGGAUAUUAUAAAGGAGGCAACAAAACAAUUUGCAAAGAACCGAAAGGAAUUUAUGAUACUCCAAACAAAGGUUACCAAGCAACCUCAUGAAGCUAAACGAGACUUUGAGAAAUUUCUACAUAAACUGCGUACUGAAGCUCAACUUGAGAGAGAACUGGUAUCAAUGUCAUCAUCAUCAUCAUCAUCAUCAUCAACAACAACAACAACAGAAGACAUGUCUGAGGAAGCAGAAGGCUAA